CUUCGCCAUGCAAACACUCUCGACACAUGGCGCGUCGCCUGGCGCUGCUUGCGCUUCUGGCGUACUUCGCGACCGCGUUAAACACGCCUCUGCGAUCUAUCGAUGUUUCGGAUUCUGAAUCUGACCCGUUUGCCUUUUGGGAUGAGUACGAGGACUCUCCUGAAACGACCCAGGCCCCGCGGCCGAUUCCUAAAGUGAUCAUAAGGAGCAAAGUUCCUCACACUAAUAUAACUAUGAAAGACAAAAGUGACCAAAAGAGUAAAAUCAUUAAAACGACCAUAAACAUUGAAAGCCAUACUAACUUUAUUGUGACAAAACGGCCGCCGUGGUUAAGUACUUUAAAAAACUCAAUCACACGCUAUCCCGUGAAGAAAGUGGUGGUUAAUGAUGAAGAUACAUGGGUGAAUAUUGAAGUGUCCACGAAAAAGACAACAAAAAAGCCAAAUGUAACAUAUAAGCCCAACAAGAGACCAACAACACGUCGGUCUACAACUACUACGCGCAACCCUCCAAAAACAACUCGACGUGUGCGAACCGCCUCUACACAAAGGUCUACGACUAAGUAUAAAACGAAAUUAAAAGGCACAAAAUCCCCGCCAAUGAAAGUACAGUGUCCUUCAAAGGAAACAGGAUGGAUACCAUCUUUUCUUCAAAGUAACAAAUACAAGAAGCCAUCAAAAAAACAAGUGAAAUCAGGUUGGUUAGGAGGUAUUUUCACAAAAAUUUAUAAAUGGAUUUCGGAUUCAAAGUCGUCGUGGUUCAAUGGAGGUUGGUUUCGUGAAUCUGAACUAAAAUCUCCCACAACUACGACCACUCCGAUACCACCGUCGACAUCCACAAGCAAUUGGUUCCAAAUGUUCAUUGAUUCAGAAGAAAACGACGAAACGACAACAACAAGCAGUGUUACUGUAAACAAAAAUAAGAAGUCAUUAAAGAAAAACUAUAAGGGCUAUCAACUUCUUCGUGCUUAUCCCGACCAGCAAUGGAAACUUCGUUCCCUGAUAGAACUACAAGAAGAGGGUGAAGGGUCUGGUAUAAUGUGGUGGACUUUGCCAUCGCUGAACGGUUCCACAGAUCUGUUGGUUCCACCAGACUUACUUGUGGAUGUAAAAGACCAUCUUAAAUCAUCUAAUAUAGAAUAUGAUAUAAUUAUCUGGGAUUUACAGAAAGCUAUUUCCUAUGAAAAUCCCAAGCUUUCGAAAAAACAACGGCUUGAAUUAGUUCAAUUGAGAGGACAUCCAAUGACCUGGAGGCGAUACCAUCGAUAUGCUGACAUCAUGAGAUAUUACGAAUACCUACAGCAUUUACAUUCCGAUGUUGUAGAACUUGUACCUUUAGGUCGCUCCUCUGAAGGAUUGCCGUUAGUUGCAGUUAAGAUUUCAGCGCCUACGAAUGAUACAAGGACAAAGACCGCAAAUCAUAAAGGAGCACGCAAGAAAUGGAAAUUACGGACUUAUUUAAAACCGGCUAUUUGGAUUGAUGGCGGUGUACACGCGCGGGAGUGGAUAGCUCCUGCUGUAGCAUCUUGGAUGAUCUACAAUUUGGUGGAAGGAGAAAAAGGGCUAGGGCCAGAUUACGAUAUGCUUCACCAGGCAGACUUUUACAUCAUGCCCGUACUAAACCCCGACGGCUACGAACACUCGCACACCCACGAUCGACUCUGGAGGAAAACAAGAUCACGCUUCUCCGACUCCGAUGAUUACUACGUUGGCUGGUUCCCAUGGAACUGGGGUCGUACCGAAUGCAUCGGUGUAGACGCUGACCGCAACUGGGAUUAUCAUUGGGGUGAGAAAGACUCAUCGCAGGAUCCUUGCUCUGAUAACUACGCGGGUCCGCAUCCAUUCAGUGAACCAGAGACGAGAGCUGUCUCCGAAUUCUUAGCUGAACACAGGGGACAAAUAAAGGUGUACAUAUCCCUUCACGCAUAUUCACAAGCGUGGCUCCUACCAAACUCUCACGCACAUACACCGUAUUCUGAUGAUGGAGUCCUGGUGGAAAUGGGAAAAUUGGCGACUGCAGCCCUUGCAGACAUGUAUGGUACUAAAUAUCAGGUGGGCACAGCUGCUGACAUUCGACAACCAGCUUCAGGGAUGUCACACGACUGGGCAAAAGCAAGAGCAGGAGUUAAAUUUUCAUAUCAUGUAGAUCUGCGGGAUUCUUUUGGUCCAUAUGGAUUUUUAUUACCCGGGUCACAAAUAGUUUCUACAGCCAGGGAAACUUGGCAAGCAAUUAAAGCAAUUGUUGAUAAUUUGACACCGUAACUGCUCUGCACGUGCCUUUCUAAAUUAGUAUUUUAAUAAAAACUAUGGCGAUUUAUUUCGUAUACAAACUAAAUACAUAAUUAUGUCCAUUGUCCAUUUGAAUUUUUUACCAUGGCCAUAGUGCUCGAAAAUUGUUUGCUGUCUUCUUGGUUAAAAAUGUAUUUAUUUUAGUAGAUAAAUGGUUUACACUUAUUAAUAUUAGCUGUAGAAAAAGGCUGUUACAUUAGUUAUCAAAUUAUAUUAGCGUUUAGCUCGAUAAUAUUUAUUGUUAAUAUACGACUGUAGGUAUA